UGGAACUAUACAGAACAGAUAACGCAUUAUCGGUUCUGUAAAAUUAAAAACCGUUCAGUAAGUAAAAUUAAUCAUUUUUAUCAAAAAUUGUUAUCAAACCGAUAAGUUAUUGGUCAGAUUUUUGUUCUGUAAAAUUUACAGCUUGGUUUAUUUGUCUUAUCAUCAAAAUAUACAAUAUUUUGGUUAUCACAUAAAAACAAAUGUGAUUAUGCAUUUUAAAUUUAUUAUUUUUUUAAUGAUAUUUAAUUAAUGUCUUCAUCUUAAUCCAUGCUUUUAACUUGGAUAUAAUUUAUUUUAACAAUAAUGUCAUUGUCAUCUUUGUCUUCGUCUUCAUCUGAUGAUACUGAUCAAAAUAUGAUUAUGGAAAUUUUAAUUCGUCUACCUAGACCAAGACUAUUUAGAGAUAGAUCAAAUCUGCGUCAGUUGUUAUUAUGUACUGGUCUGCAUCAGUAUCAGUGUAUAUAACACCUAAAAAUUUAAAUACAAAAUUCAAAACUUCAAUUCUAUAAUUAACUUUGAUGUUUUCAAUUAUAUUUUUAAAAGGUAAUACGAGAUCAACUAUAAAAGAUUUUUCACUCUCCGAGAAGUUUUUGCCUCUUUUUUUAUCUUCGUUAACGUCUAUAGCAAAACUUUAAGCUGUAAACUUUAAGAACUUAACAAACUGAACACAAAAAAAUUUAAUUCGACUUCCGUAUAAUUUAUAUAGACAAAUAAUUGUAAUAAAUUAUUAAACACUAAUUAAUAAUUAUUCAGUGAAAAUAAUUUAGUACAAAUCACAAUAACAUCACAAUUAUUCACAAUUCAUAAUCUUUGAUAAGAGUUAUAUGUAUAAGCAACCGGAAACUAGGUAAAAUUUUAUACCAUUUUCCAGGUUUAACCUCAAUAAUAUAAAAUUUUACAAUAUUUUCAUGCAACGCAAUUCGUUCAAUAACUUGAAUUAUACAGAACCAAUAACUUUAUCCUGUCAACAGUUUACUGAACUGUUUUCAUGCAACCCAGAGUAUGAGGUAUAUUUUAUCAUAAUUCAUAGCAUGUAUUGACCAAUGAAAAGCAGAUAAAAGCAAUAUGACCGGUAUUUCAGUAUUUGACGUACAAACUACAAGGUGCUGACUACUUUUUCUGUGAUACUGACAUACAUUUUUUUUUUAUUUUAUUUCAUUAUCAUGAUAUAAAUUUGUUUUUAAAAGGUUUUAUUUAAAAUCCUGCUUAACGUGUUCGCUGUUUAUACCAGUUUUGAUUGUUUUUCAUUUUCACAAUAACUUUCACCAUGUACUUGGUUUAUUGCUUUAAAAAUCAUUAGUAUUAUAAUUUUGUAUUGAAAUAAAAAGUAUCCCAAAAAUGUUUACCGAUUAUAUAUUUACACCAGAAUUAUACAAGGUGUACACAGGAAUCCGAAGAAAUGAUGUAAGAAUACAAAUAUAAAAUAUGAUUAUUUAUCAAGUUUGAAUUAGUGUACUUAUUAGGCCUCAAUUUUAAUUAGAUUAGUUUUAGAUAGAAUAGAUUAUAAUAGUUUUAGAAAUUAAAUGAUUUAUACAGUAUACCCAAUUUGAACAAUUAGCUUAUAUUUACCAGCUCUAUUUAAUUUAAUUUGUACGUAGGUAUUACACGUUAAUUAUGUAUAGGUAGGUUUUCAUUAAAGUUAUUAUGUUUUAAUACAAUUUUAAAAAAAGUAUUACAAUAGUAUUAAUUAAUACUGAUCAUUUUUACACAUUAUUAUUAUUAUUAGUAUUUAUUUUUUUAUUUAUCUUUUCAAAUAAAUCUAUGUCCUAAUUUACGGUAACAUUAAAGAUUAUAAUAUGGUGUAUGUUAAUUUAUAUUAAUAUUAUAUUUGAAAAAAAAACUUAAUUUAAGUAUACUUCUAAAUGUGAAAGUAAAUCUAUAACUUGAUUAUUUUGCAAAUAAAGUAGGUAAUAGUAAAUUAAGUUAUAAUUGUAUAACAUUGUUAAUUGGUAUCAUCAAAAUACUUCAAGCUAGUAUUUUACAUUUGAUCUCAAAUAUAUUUAGUGAAUUAUUUUAUAUUAGUUAAUUCAUAUGAUUAAAUAAAAUAUCUGUAUUUGGGUAGUGUUAUUUUAAGAUAUUUGUUAAUAAUAAUAUGCAUGGGAAUUAUUAAUAAGUCAAACCCAAAUAAUAAUUCAAAUUUUAUUCCUUAACAAAAAAAAUAAUUACCUAUCCUAGUAUUUACCUAAAUAUUAUUUUGUAAUAUUUAAAAUAUUCAAAUAUCAAGUAUAUAGUAGUGAGGUCUAUUUUUGAGUCAAAUUAAUUUCAAUGCAAAAUAUGUACAUGAAUAUUCAAUUAGUACAAUGAGUAGUGUUUUCCAUCCUUUAUGUACGACUACUGACCUGCUAUUAUGGGUAUUUUGUUUUCUUAUACAACCUAUACGGUUAUAUAGGUUAUAAAUGCUACAUGGAUAAUGAGAUGAGUAUAUGUUUAGUACAUUAGAUUAACUUUGCAUUAUUAAAUCACAAACCAAUCAAUUCAUUAAAGUUUCCAUAUUAUAUUGAAGAUACAAUUUAACAUCAAAGCUCUAUUUAAUUAUAUGAUAGAAUAAAAGAAUACCUAUCUUUUUAAAUUAUUAGACUAAAAUAAGAAGUUACUGAUAUAUUUUGUAUAAUACUUACAUAUUUUAUGUUAUAUUUAACAAAGAUUUACUUUAUAAAAUAGUUUUAAAGAAAAACACAGACAAUUGUUCUUGGUAGAUACUUGCAUAAAUAUCAAUUUAAAUUUCUAAUUUUAUAAAAUAUAACCAUUUGAUGCACUCAUGAACUAAUAUAACUUGAUAUUAAUCAUGAGAGAUAUUUUAAAAUUAAAUAAAGAUUAAUUUUAAUUAACCAUAUUAGUAGGUAUUUUAGAGAAUAUUGUAUUAAAUAUUACUAGAUUAUAAAUAUUUAAUUUGGUUGAUUCAAUAAUUAAUUAAUUAAUUAAUGAUGCCUAUUAAAUAAUUGAAGUAUUUACGCAUUAUAAAUACCUACUUAAGUAAAAUAAUAUAUUUAAAACUUACCGCCAUUUUCUUUUAAAUUUGAAUCCAAAGAAAAAAUAAACAGGUUAGAAAAUGUAUGUAAACUGACACUAGCUACUGAAAUAUAUGAAUCCAAGGACAAAAUUAUUAUAGUUAUGGUUUUACUAUUAUAUUACAUAGUAUACUAUGUGUUGAGUGCAGUGCAACACACUUCUAUUAGUUUAACUGAAAUAUUUUAUUUUUUUAAUAUGUCUCGUUAUUUCUUUACUAUUAAAUGACCUUUGUAAUUAGCAAAAUGGUUAUAGAUAAGAUAAUGUUCAAAAUGUUUAAAUAAAUAACAAGAUAAACACAACACACCAUUGUUCAUUGUGAACAUUGAAUUAAUUUAACAUUUUUCUUAUAAAAUGUAUUAUAUUAAAUGAAGCAAAGGUUGUGACCAUAAUUGAAAUAUAUCAUGAGUCAUAAUUAUUAAAAUAUUUUAAUUAAUAAUCAAUAUAUUUAAUAAUUUUCAUGUUUUUGAUAAAACCUUAUUUAUUUUAUUUAAUAAUAAUAAUAAUAAUAAUAAAAAAAAAAUUGGAAGUUGGGAAGGUAGAAUGCAUAAAAUUAUUAAUUUUUAUCUGUAAGCAACGAUUUUUAACAAAAUACAGAUUUGAGCAAAGUUAAGUUUUAUAUUUUAAAAUGCCGUUAUAUUUACAAUUUUUUUUAAAAUAUGAUCUUAAAAUGGUUAUAAAAAAGAACUACAAAAUGCUCAACUUUUUUUUCACCAUUAAGUACAACUUUUAACAAACUUCAUGUUAAAACUCUAAUUUAUUUGAAUUUUUGUAUAAAUUUACUAAAAUGUUUCUUUUAAUUGUAUUAUUAAAACUUUGGGCUUCUGCCCUUAUUUUUAAUAAAUAAAAUAAAUUGUCAAGUACCUAUGUUUGGUAAAACAAUUUUAUCCGAAUAGUAUUUACUAUAAAAAAAGCCAUGUAGAAGAACUAAAAAAUGUAAAAUACCUAGAAAUAGUUCAAAAAUAUUUUUGGAAUUUUUUGAAAAUUUCACCAUAUUUAGAAAGGGCAAAUAUAACUUUUCUGUCAGAAUUUCAAGUUUCACGAAUAUUUUUAACUGAAUUACAACAAAAAAGACAAUUAAAAAUAAUUAAUCCAUUGUUUUGGUAAACUUUCCAUUCUUUCUAAGUUAUAGCUGGUUUUGUUCAAUUAUUAAAAAAAACUACACGAAAAAAAAAAUCACUUUAUUCACCAACUAGAACCAAAAUGCAAUAAAAAAGGUCUCUUAUAAUUUUUCGAAUGGAGCAAGAAUUCUGCUUGAAAAGUUGUUUACAGGUAGAAAAAAAAAACACCCUCCGAAUCUAAGAAGUAUACAUUUACUAUGGAACUUUCAUAAUGCAGUUAUUUACUAUUCUUGGUUUAUAAUUUUUUUGACUUUUUGUUGACUAAAUUUAUAAACAUAAAUUUGUAAUUAGGUUUUGCCAUUUGUACACUAUAUAUACUUUAAGUAGGAGGUACAAGUAGAAAAAAAAUGAUAAUAUAUGUUAUUAUAUGCUAUUGGGCAAGUUGGUGAAGCAGCUACGUGUACAGUUGAGGGAGCCAUGUCAAAUUUGAAAUAAAUAUUUGAGUGUGGUCGGAUAAAGUGGAUAAAGUAUCAGGUGUAUUAUGUAAUAAGACAAUUCUAGUGAAACUUAAAGUUAAGUUCUACAAGAGUGGUGAGACUAUGUCGUAUGGUUCAGAGUGUUAGACGGUAGACAGAAAAUUAAAACAGAUAAUAAGUGUAAAAGAAGUGAGAAUACUUAGGUGGAUGAGAGAAGUGACUAGAGAUGAUAAGAUAAAAAUUGAGUUUAUAAGAGGUAGCUGAGGUUUGGCUUUGAUAGUGGGAAAAAUGAGAGAAAAUAGACUGAGAUGGUUUGGCCUUGGCAUACAUGAUGAGAGAUGAAUCAGCAGUAAGAAUUAUAAUGAAAAUAUAUACGUAGAAGAAAAGAGGGCCAGAGGAAGACUGAAAAAAGUAGUUGAAUGCGACUCAAAAUGAUAUGAGGAUAACAGGGGUAUACAAGGACAAUUUGAGGGAUCGGUAAAGUAAAGAUUUACGAAGAGGAUGGUCGGUUCCAAAUAAUUUGAAUGAAGGUAAAGGAGAAGAAGAUGACAAAGUAUUAUAAUAAUUAAUAAAAAAAAAGAAUUUAAUAUGUGUGUUUCAAAUAUUUAAUAAUAUAGUGUUUUAAUAUUAAAUUUAAAUUGUUAUUUUCAGAACUAUAUUCAAUUAUGGCAAGAAAAAAUUGCCGACAAAAUAUUAAUGACUGUAUGUAUAUGAAUAUGUAUUAAAGUUAGAUAAAUGUAUAUUUUGAUUUGAGAUUAGAGCUAAUCAUAAUUAUAUUAUUUAUUAUUAUUUUUAUAGUCUUAUAUUUUUACAAGAAUAGCAACUUACUGUUCACCUGCAUUACUAUUCAUGUACGGUAAAUGCUUUUUAAAUCCAGAAUUCAUUAAUCAAGUGUUUUUUCAUGGAUCAAUAGCUGGCAUUACUUUGAUUACAACAUUUCUUUUAAGAAGUUAUGGACGAGCUAUAAAUCCAAAAUAUAAAGUUUUUUAUCAAGAUCUUAAAAAUGCUCAGUUAGAAUAUUCAACUAAUAAUAAAGUUAGUAUUUUGUUAAAUACUUAAUUUAUUCUAAUUUGAAUUAAUAUUUUUAAUCUUCUGUUUUUAGAAAAACUUGCACAAGUAUGAUUUUGAUUUCUCAUCGUGGCCUGUAGAUUUUUCAUGGCCCAUAAAUGAAGAGUAUGCAUUUAAUUAUUAGACUACAUCUAUUUAGAAUGCAUUUUGUAAAUUAUGCUUUUUAUUUUUCUUUUUUUAGAAAAACUUACAGGAAAAAUUUAAUGAGUUAUAAUUUUAAGUUGGCAUUACAACUUUUAAGUAGCCCUAGCCGUCUUAUUGGGUUUAUAGCACUGCAUACAUUUGGAAUAUCAUUAAUUUACCCAGGUUCUACUUCAUUUUUAUUUUAUUUAAGUAAGUUAAUUCUAAAAAAUAAUGUUGAAAUCAAUUUAAUAUCAUGUUAUUUUUAUAUAGUGCAUCAGAAUUUACAGAGUGGAAGACGAUCACUAAUAACUACAUUUGGAGGGAUACGGUAUAAAUUAAAAACCAUUGAUGGAAAUUUUAUUGACUCAAUGUUUGUAGAUAGAAGGUUAAUUUUUAUUGGUUGUAAUAAUAAUAAUAAUUUUUUUUUAAGAAACUUAUUAAAUUAAAAUUAUUUUGUUAUAGGCCAAUGCAUAUUAACCCUCUAAAUUCAAAAUUAAUUAUUUGUACUGAAGGAAAUGCAGGAUUCUAUGAAGCUGGGAUUAUGAGUUCAGCGGUUGAAACUCAUCAUUCAGUAUUAGGAUGGAAUCAUCCUGGAUUUGGUCAUAGUACAGUAAAUAUUAAUAAGAAUAAUUAUUUAGUCAAUUUGUUAAUUUUUUUCUUUAUUUUCUCUUAUUUACAGGGCAUACCAUAUAUCAAACAAGAACAAAAUGCAGCUGAAACUGUUAUGGAAUUCGCUAUAAAAAUUUUAAAAUUUAGUCCUCAAAAUAUAAUAUUAUAUGGUUGGAGUAUUGGUGGUUUUGCUUCUUCAUAUUUAGCAAAACAAUUUCCUGAUGUACAUGCUGUGGUAAAUAUAAAUUAUUUCACUAUACGAAUGUAUUGCAUAUAAAUUAUCUAAAUUAUAAUAAUAUUUAGAUAUUGGAUGCUACAUUUGAUGAUCUAGUUCCAUUAGCAAUUCCAAGAAUGCCUAGCAUUGUUGAAAAUUUAGUUAUACUUUGUGUACGAGAAUUUACAAAUUUACAUGUGGCAGAAAAUAUUAAUCAAUACCAUGGACCUGUUCUACUUAUUCGACGAUCCAAUGAUGAAAUUAUUGCAAUUGAGUAAAACUCAAAAUAAUUUGAACAUUAUAUUAUACUAAUUAAUUUGUUUUAUAAUUAAUAGCCCUCAAAAUGUUAGUUCUAAUCGAGGAAAUCAUCUCUUAGAAUCAUUACUAGAAAAUAGAUAUCCAAAACUCUUUACUGAAGAAUCCCGUUUGGUCCUUUGGAAUUGGUUGUCUACUUCAGGAGAACAACAAAGUAAAUUUAAUUUAAUUUUUAAUUCAUUUAUGUCUAUAAAUUAAGUCAUUAAGUAAUCAAAUUUAGUAUUUUGAACAAUACAAACUUAAAUUUGAAUAGAGAUUAUUUAUGGUAUAUUUUAAUUGCGUGUAUCUCUUUAGAACAAUUAUUAAAUCAAUAUGGUGUAGAUUCGAAAGAACAAACAAACUCAUUUCCAUCUGUUACUGGAAAUCAUCCAUCAAACCUGGGUGAUGGUUGGAGUGACCAAAAUAAAAUAAAUAUGUUACUUUACUUGGUAAGUUAUAAUUUUUUGAAUAUUAAUUGUUUGAAUGAUUAUUAUAAAUAUAUAAAUAAUUUUAUUAUAUUUACUUAUAAUAUUUAAUGUAUUAAAAUAUAAUUUAUAUUGUGUUUUUAGGCCAAUCGUUAUAUGAAAGACUUCAAUUCUACACAUUGCACCCCACUGCCAGUUGAAUAUUUUAGAUAUUUAAUUUAAUUGUACUUUAUUUGCAAAAAUAUUAAUUUUACAAAAUAUAAUUUAUUGAGAAUUGGGUUUAUUAUUUUAGUAAUUUUUUUUUUAUUUUCCUAUUUUGUUGUAAAUUAAUGUUUUGUUUUAAAAUUUUAAAAUCUGUACUUAUUUAUUGCUAUUAAAACUUAAUAAAUAAAAACUUAAAACAUAGUCUUAUAUUAGAAUCAUUUUAUUUGAUUGAUUAUUACAAAGUGGUAUCAUUAUAUGGCUCUAGUAAUUAGAUUGCUC